GCCCCCUCUCCUCCGCGAUCCUCCCCAAUCGCGCAGAUCCCGUCUCUGCGCCGCCAUCCGCGCCGCUCGCGGAGCCGCCCCUCCCCGCACCGCGCAUUGCCCGGCGCGACAGACACCGCACGACCCCCAACUCGGCGCCCCACGCUCCGCGCCCCCUCUCCCCCCGGCAUGAGACACCGUCCCUCUCGCCAUGUGCCCCCACGCCCAGCGGCAUAUGAAAUUAGCGAGGGGCGUACAGGUCGCUCUCGUCUGCUCGGGGCUGGGUCCGCUGCCGUGGUGGCCGUCCACUGGGCGAGUCGUCGAGGUACCCAAUUUCUGCCAUGGCGAUCCGCCCGGACCAAUGGUCGAUUCUCCAUCUGACCAUCCUCAGUAAGCCUCCUGCCCCACUACUGCCCUCCAAAGCGGCGCGCGCGCCACCGCCAUCUCCACCCACGCCCACCUUGCUGCCGUGGCCGCCCCAUACCGCGCCCUCGAUCUGACCCCACGGGGCAGGAUGGACAAAGGGAAAUCGGUGGUGGCCGAGCUGGCGGCGUCGUUCAGCGAUGUCCUUGUCACACCGCGCGAGCCGCCAGAACCCCAAGCCAAGAGCUUCCUACCAUCGCCCUCCUUCUUUACUAAGUUUGCCAGGGAGACAGGAGACACCCAAACGCUUUCAGAUGUUGAUAUAAAUAUUAUUGCUUUGGCUUACAUGUUAGAAGCUGAGAUCCAUGGGACUAGCCAUUUGCGAGAGCACCCUCCUCCUCUGAAAAUUCUCGAAUACUUCCUCUGAAGAAUAUUGAGAGUCAAGAUAUCUUCAUGUGUGAUACCAACAGUCUUUGUGGGGCACAAGAGGAUAUAGAGCUCUAGCCAUCAAAGAAGGAUGCACCUGUUGCAUGGGAGGACGAUGAGAACGAUGUAGGUUGGAUGCAUGCUAUUAGCCAUAGCAUGCACAGAAGAUAUUUGCAGAGGAAGGCAAGGCGUGAUGCCCUCAAGGAAUCUGGACAAAGUUUUGAGACAAGUUCUGUUGUUCCAUCAAUUGAUGAUGAUAAAGUUCUCUCUGAAAAUAGUGGAUUGGAGCAUGGUCUGACUUCAACUGAUGGCCUUUCUUCUGUCUCUGAGAUAAUUAGUGCACGUUCUGAUGAUUUUGAACAUCAAGCAGAGAAUGACACUGAAAUUCCUGGAGAACAUUUGCAUUCUGAUCAGCGAGCUUACGGUGAUGAUGCUGAUGCGUGCACCAAAGAAUUGGAAAACCUAGAUAUAGAAGGUGAGGAUGAGGGAGGUGGUGAUGCACAUUUCAUUGUUGAUGAGAGCAACGAGCAGAGUUGGACCCUGAGGUCCUUAUCUGAAUCGAGCAUUCCACGUUAUUCACUAUGCAAAGAAAGAGACGUGAACUUGAAGUAUGAGAAACAUAAAAGGUUUAAUGCUACUCUUUGCACUUAUUGCAACUAUAUUUAUUUGCUUUUGUUCAUGGAAGGCUUCAACGUGUGGUUCUUUUUAAGAAGUCCAUGGUCAAUGGGUCAGUAUACUGUCACAGAAACCGACAACACACAUCGCAAAAUCUUGGGCGUAGAGUUUUUUUUUCUAGACUCUAGUAAUAAGCUGCAAGAAAAUCUAAAGAUGCGUAAUCAUGUAAUUUGGGGGUCACUUCUUUCAGCUUGUAAUUAAAUUAGCUCCUAUGAUGUGGGAGCACGUGUGCUGAUCUCAAACUUACAUGCUGAAGGUGGUCAGUGGGAUGACACAGAAAAUAAGAGGGCAGAUGGGAAGAGCAUGGGUAUAGAGAAGUCUCCUGACCAUAGCUUCAUCCAAGUAGAAACAUUCAUAAUUUAGUUUAGCAUGAAUAUGAUAUUUGCCUGCAAUAGACGACUAACAAGAGUGAUGCCAACCAAUGUAGUUUCUGAUUUACUGGGCAUGAGCCCUCAUAUUUCAAUUUC